UUGCGCAGAUUUCGAGCAAACACCCCGAAGGAUUUACGUGUAUCACUUGACGACCAAAUUGCCUUCAUCUGCCCAAAUCGAGUGCCUCCUACCAAUAAGGUUUUCUGGACGACAGACGUGAAUUUGUACAAAUCGUGUCAGCAGCCAAUGGAUCACUUCAGUCUCAUCCACCUCCUGAUCGACUGUUCUUUCAAACCACCAGCUUACCACUUACUAAUCGAUAUAUCGGUAUUAAUAAAUCAACUGCCUCCAGACGAUGUGCAGCAAGAAAAGCGAAUUUACUUUAUGGCUGACGCUACACUGUGCAAGUUUAAGAAUAUGCACCUGAACGUCACCGUCGUCAUUCCAAAACGAAGGUAUUCAACUUUGGAAGGGAGGAACAUAGCCCUUGCUGAUUCGGCAAUGGUUGGGCAUGAAGAGAUACGCGGCACAUCGUCUCCCAAGCUGCUUCCUGCGGACUUCGGGACAUCAGUGAGUCCGAAGAGUACCCGCUUUAUUGGCCUUCUUGUGGCGUACAUUUUUGUGACCCUCCUCGUCGUCUACAUGGUUGUCUGCGCUGUCUGCUUUCACCCUCGAAAGUGCCUCACACGCAUGGCUCGUGGCGCAGACGGAGACAUGGAGUCCACUUCAGCAGGACGAUGCUUUCCACGUCUGUGGUCCCGAGCGUCGACAACUCGGUCGGCCACAGCGCCCCUGGCACUCCCUCGGACUAACCCGCACUUUUCGAGGUCAGUAGAUGGAGAAAGGUUUGUGCAUUACCCUCCUCACCACCCACACCUCUCCCCCUCUCUGCGAACCUCCCAUGAGCCAGCGCCCGUUGUCUGGUCGCCCCAUCACUACCACCACUUCAGCCAGCGACCUGCAGCGAAUUCCACUUGGAACCACGCCGGCGGCGUGGAGUCACCUCAAACGCCGCUCGAUGCCCAAUUAGCACUCUUUGGCCAAUAG